CGCAGGGAUCUUUCUUAUUUAAAAAACAUUUGUUACUCACGUAUAUAGGCUAUAGUUAUUUUAAAAUAGCAGUUGAACUCGUUGUUCGAGUAUUGAAGAUAAAUGUUGAGGAUUUCGCUGCAGUUUUUAGAUAGACUCCAGCUCCCACUCUCAGUAUUGUGAGAAAUAUUAUAUAUCUGCACCCCUGUCAUUUUUGCAGGACGUGCUUGUUAUGAUCAUGAACAGAUGCUUGUUUACUAGAAUUAUGCCAUAAAAGAACCUGUGAGUGGUCAAACUACAGCUAAUCCUAAAUAAUGCUUAAUCGUAUAUUAGCAGUAUGGUUCUGGUUUGGAUCAGAUCGCCCUGGAUUCUGUCUGGGAACAUCUUCACUGAUAGCACUCAUGCUGCUGAUGUAUACUGGGGGCAUCCAGGCAAGUCUCAGCUUAGGUCCAGGUGGCGACUUCCCAAGGGUUAGAGAUGUGUUCCUGUAUGCUUUCAGUCACGAUGAGCUGACCUCUCUGCUGGUCAGUGUUGCUCUCCUGGUGUUGGUUGGACCGUGUCAGGAGCGUCGCUGGGGUACCUUCGCCUUCCUCGCCCUCUCCAUCCUGACAAUGACUUUAUUGCCUCUUCUUUACAGCCUGGUCCUCUUUGUCGGAGGCGGGGAGGCAAGUCGGAUCUGUGGUUACUCUGCCAUCCAGCUAGCGCUCUUUACAGCGCAGUGUCGUCAGGUGUCACAGAGGAGGCUGCUGAAGUGUUUGCCAGUCUGGUUUCUCCCCUGGCUUCUUCUGUUGAUUGGUCUUCUGCUGCUGCCGGGGACCCCUGCUCUGCUUCACUUCUGCACAAUAUUUAUCGGACACAACUAUCAUCAGCCCUUUAUUGGGAUGUUACAGGAGCUGGAGGAGGCCUUGGACUUCAUUCCUGAUUGGGCAUAUAUUCCCGCUUCAGCCAGGCUCAGACUGCCCACCUACGCUACCGCACAGAGAUCCAGAUCACAUUCCCAGAAGAUACCUGUAGAUCAGGCAGCUGCUCCUCCAAUGAGGGAUCCACGUCUUUUGAACCACCACCCAUGGGUGGAUCAAGUGCCUGCCUGGAUUAUGACAGAGUCAGCUGCACUGUCUGAGGCGGAGGUGUUGGAGGAGCAGAUGCUAAGGGCAGGGAUACUGGCCUCGUUACAGGAUGCUCCUGACGACCCUGAUGCGAAAGUGGAGGUUCCCAAAUCGUCGGUCUCCUCUCUGCGACUCCAGCAGCUGGAGAAUAUGGGAUUCCCCACAGACAAAGCUGUAGUGGCAUUAGCGGCCUCAAAACAGCUAGAUGGCGCCAUUUCUCUGCUCAUUGAUGACAGCGUCGGAGAAAAGGCUGUGGUGGUAUCAAAAGGGAAGGGCCCUCCGCCUAGCACCUAGCAGACCUGACACUCCUGUACUGAAACAGAGUUUGCUCUUGUGCAGUAAACUGGACAUACCUUACGCUUGGGUUUUGCUGAGCUUCAAUAUUAGAUUUCCCCUGCGGGCUACUUGUUGAACUAUUUUAAUGAUCAGGAUUCCUGUGGAAAAGUGUGUAGAUGCAAACUGUUGACUGUUCUGGAGACAAUAUCUGUGUCAUAAAAUGUAAAUUGUAAAGA